AUGUCUACAUCCAAACAUGACCGCAAUGCUUCCAAAUCUCGCCCCAGGAGCUCGACCAGAGGUCCCUUGGAUGAGUCGCAUGACGUGACAUCACAGCCAGAGAAUACGACCACUGGGGAUUAUUCUGGAGCAUCAUUUUACACCCUUGAUCCAUUGAUCCCCGAUGAGGUCGCACAUACCCUCGAGAAGGACCUCUCGUUUCUUCUCCGGUAUGACGUCUAUCACUCUCUAGCCCAGAUAGAUAUCCCCCAUGCACUACGUUCGGAUUUUGUGGCUCCAUCCUCGAACGAGCCCCUAUCCCACAAUCUGGGCACGCUCGAGAGACUGUUGGCCGAAGGCCACUUUCUGCUCGCAGCUUAUCUCUCUGGGGCGAUACUGACCUCUUCGGGGAUCUCGCCCACCGACAUUAAACUUAUAUUUGCCCUGUUCUACACGCGGCUGGCUUGUCUGGAACUAUCCGGCAAUACCGUCCUUGCGGCGCAGGAAUCCAAAGCGCUCGAGGAUCUGAGCUCCGAGUUCUACUACAUCACCCCGAAAUCGGAGACUACUGAUGAAGAUCAAGAAUCUAGCCAAGAGUCUAGCUACCCUCGUCAUAUUGUGCCGUGGCCACUCCGGGUCCUCGCCGUCCGGCUGCAGAGCAUCGGAUUUGGUGACCCGCGCAGAGGCAUUGCUGGCCUGUACGAUAUCGGUAUCGAAGCGCGAAGGGAAGUCCUUCGUCCCGACAUAUCCGAUGAGCACCGGAAAGCCUGGAGGGACAGGUUAGCAGACCUGGGGAUUAGGAGUGUGAAUGCCCUGAUCGAGAUGGGCGACCUCAGUGCGGCCCGACGGUCACUCGACAGCCUGCGGACGACAGCCUCGGAUAGCUUUGUUAGCAAAUCAAGGAAAACACUGCUGUUUCUGCUCAUCGGUGACGUCGAUGCCGCGAAACGCGAGUCUCGCUUGGCGGACGGGUCGGAUGACACGAUAUUCAAACCGCUUCUCAGCAUGGCCGAGGGUCGAUACGAUGAUGCCGCGACAGAAUGGCAGGCCCUUGUCGAGGCUGGACCCAAGAGGUCGGACGAAGCAAUGGUCAAGCAGAAUUUGGCUGUGUGCUUGCUGUACACAGCCCGACUCAAUGACGCCCGCGAAACCCUGGAGUCCCUCGCGCAGGAGAACCAGUCGUUUGGCGGCCUCGUGUUCAAUCUUGCGACCGUCUACGAGCUCUGUUCGGACAAGUCUUCGAAACUGAAGACCGGCCUGGUUGAGACGGUUGCUAGACAGCCAAUUACGGGGCAAACCAAUCUGGACCGGCCGAAUUCGGACUUCAAGAUGUAA